CGGGGCGAGCGGCAUUUAAGGCGCCGCCACCUCCCCAGCCAGCGGCUGCACCUCUGCCGCCACCGCCGCCGCCGGACCAGACCCUCUCCGCCCUCCCACCCGCGCCAGCCGCGACCGGGAUUCCACCGCGUCAUGGGCCAGAAAACACCCCGCAUUUACUCUGUGGAGCUCAAUGGAGCCAAAGACAUGAAGCAAACAGACAAGGGGGAUGGCAAGGAUAAGUACAGGGGCCUGCAGGAUAACUGCUUGGAACUCGGAAAGAAUCAGCGCAAAGAGCAUCUGACAAAAGAAAUUGAUCUGGAUGACCACAAGCUCAGCAAUAAGGAAUUGGAAACUAAAUAUCAUACAAAUAUUGUUACGGGUCUCUCCAGCACCCAAGCUGCUGAGCUCCUGGCUCGAGAUGGGCCCAACGCCCUCUCCCCUCCCAAGGAAACUCCGGAGAUUAUCAAGUUCCUGAAGCAGAUGGUGGGAGGCUUCUCCAUCCUUCUGUGGGCGGGAGCCAUUCUGUGCUGGAUUGCAUAUGGAAUUCAGUACUCUAAUGAUAAAUCAUCAUCCCUAGACAAUGUGUACUUGGGUGCCGUGCUCGCCCUGGUUGUCAUAUUAACAGGAAUCUUUGCUUACUACCAAGAAGCCAAGAGCACCAACAUCAUGGCCAGCUUCAGUAAGAUGAUUCCACAGCAAGCGCUUGUCAUUCGAGAUUCAGAAAAGAAGAUAAUUCCUGCAGAGCAGCUGGUGGUGGGAGACAUAGUGGAGAUUAAAGGAGGAGACCAGAUCCCUGCAGACAUCAGGCUGCUGUUUACCCAGGGAUGCAAGGUUGACAACUCAUCUCUCACUGGGGAGUCUGAGCCCCAGUCCCGCUCCUGUGAGUUCACCCAUGAUGACCCCCUGGAGACAAAAAACAUUGGCUUCUAUUCGACAACCUGUCUGGAAGGCACAGCAACUGGCAUGGUCAUCAACACGGGUGACCGCACCAUCAUUGGUCAGAUCGCCUCACUGGCUUCCGGAGUUGGGAAUGAGAAGACACCCAUCGCCAUCGAGAUCCAACCCUUCGUUCACAUUGUGGCAGGAGUGGCCGUCUCCAUCGGCGUCCUUUUCUUCAUCAUUGCGGUGUCCAUGAAGUACCGUGUCCUGGACUCCAUCAUCUUUCUCAUUGGCAUCAUUGUGGCCAAUGUACCUGAGGUCCUGGCCACUGUCACUGUGACUCUGUCACUGACAGCAAAACGGAUGGCUAAGAAGAACUGCCUGGUGAAGAACCUGGAGGCAGUGGAGACACUAGGUUCCACCUCCAUCAUUUGCUCAGACAAGACGGGGACUCUGACCCAGAACAGGAUGACCGUGGCCCAUCUGUGGUUUGACAAUCAGAUCUUUAUGGCUGACACCAGUGAAGACCAGUUGAAGCAAACCUUUGAUCAAAGCUCUGGAACCUGGGCCUCAUUAUCAAAGAUAAUUGCACUGUGUAACCGAGCAGAGUUCAGACCAGGACAGGAAAGAGUCCCCAUCAUGAAGAGAGUUGUGGUUGGAGAUGCCUCAGAAACUGCUCUUUUGAAAUUCUCAGAGGUGGUUUUGGGUGACGUGAUGGAAAUUAGAAAAAGAAACCACAAAGUAGCAGAAAUCCCUUUUAACUCAACCAACAAAUUUCAGCUCUCCAUACAUAAGACAGAUGACCCCAUUGACAAGCGCUUCCUCAUGGUGAUGAAAGGGGCCCCUGAGAAGGUCUUAGAGAAGUGCAGCACCAUCAUGGUCAAUGGCCAGGAGCAGCCUCUGAACAACACCACAGCUGAGGCCUUCUACACUGCAUACAUGGAACUGGGAGGUCUAGGGGAGCGUGUUCUGGGUUUCUGUCAUCUCUACCUGCCAGCAGACGAGUUUCCAGAAACCUAUUCAUUUGAUGUCGAUGCCAUGAACUUUCCCAUGUCCAAUCUCUGUUUUGUGGGGCUCUUGUCAAUGAUUGAUCCCCCUCGGUCCACUGUCCCGGAUGCAAUCACCAAAUGUCGGAGUGCGGGGAUCAAGGUUAUUAUGGUUACAGGAGAUCAUCCAAUUACAGCCAAAGCUAUUGCCAAGAGUGUAGGUAUCAUUUCAGCCAACAGUGAGACUGUGGAAGACAUUGCAAAACGCCUCAACAUUGCUGUGGAGCAAGUUAACAAACAGGAUGCUAAAGCUGCGGUGGUGACUGGCACGGAGCUGAAGGACAUGAGUGAGGACCAGUUGGAUGAGGUUUUAACCAGCUACCCAGAGAUUGUUUUUGCCCGAACAUCCCCCCAGCAGAAGCUGAUUAUUGUGGAGGGCUGCCAGAGGCAGGAUGCAGUUGUUGCUGUGACUGGUGAUGGAGUGAAUGACUCUCCGGCUCUAAAGAAGGCAGAUAUUGGGAUUGCCAUGGGGAUAGCAGGUUCAGAUGCUGCCAAAAAUGCAGCUGACAUGGUCUUGCUGGAUGACAACUUCGCAUCCAUAGUCACCGGGGUGGAGGAAGGUCGCCUGAUCUUUGACAACCUCAAGAAGACCAUCGCGUACACCCUGACCAAGAACAUCGCUGAACUGUGCCCCUUUCUGAUCUAUAUCAUUGUUGGGGUGCCCCUGCCCUUAGGCACCAUCACCAUCUUAUUCAUCGACUUGGGCACAGACAUUGUUCCGUCCAUCGCCUUAGCUUAUGAGAAAGCUGAAAGUGACAUUAUGAAUAGGAAGCCUCGCCACAAGAAGAAGGAUCGACUGGUGAACGAGCCGCUUGCCGUAUACUCUUAUCUGCACAUAGGUAUCAUGCAGUCCCUGGGAGCUUUUCUUGUGUAUUUCACGGUGUAUGCACAGGAGGGCUUUAGACCCAGCACCCUCAUUAACCUCCGGGUGGAAUGGGAGAAGGACUUUGUGAACAACUUGGAAGAUAGCUAUGGACAAGAAUGGACACGUUACCAGAGGAAAUACCUAGAAUGGACAGGCUACACGGCUUUCUUUAUUGGCAUCAUGGUCCAGCAAAUAGCAGAUCUGAUCAUCAGGAAAACCCGGAGGAAUUCCAUCUUCCAGCAGGGUCUCUUCAGAAAUAAAGUCAUCUGGGUGGGGAUUGCCUCCCAGAUUAUCAUCGCUCUGAUCCUCUCCUAUGGCCUCGGAAGCAUCACAGCCCUGAAUUUCACCAUGCUCCGGCCUCAGUACUGGUUUGUGGCUGUGCCCCACGCCAUUCUCAUCUGGGUGUACGAUGAGAUGCGGAAACUUUUUAUCAGACUCUACCCUGGAAGCUGGUGGGAUAAGAACAUGUAUUAUUAAGACCACCUACUUCCCAAGCCUCCCACCAGAACACCAGGACAUUCCUCUCCAUCUCCUGGCCACAUCCGGGACAUCAUCAGAAUACAUUCAGGAGAAGCCAGAAAACUGUAGGAAAGACACUACCAGAUGUUUAUACUGUAAAGCAGAGAUUUGACUAUUUAUAUAUGAUUUUCAUUUAUAUAUACACCUCCUUAUAUAAAAGAAUGUGAAUUUCAAGGUAA